AUGUCAAAUAAUUUAAGUUGUUAAGGUUAAAAUAAUUGUUUAUAAUUAUCUAUUUGUACUAGUAAUUCAAACUGUAGUUCAUUUAAGAAAAAAUUCAAUUUUUGUAGCAAAUUAAGCUAGUUGAUACUUGUAUACCUUAAUAUGAGUUUAGUAACCUUUCAGGAACAUAAUUCAUUUGCUUACGUUAUCCAGGUUAUUGUUCUAAUUCAUCAACAGCUACUGAUACAACUCCUCGUGUAUAAAGAAAGUUUUCAGAUAAUACUGAAGAAUCUGAUAAUGCUACAUGCGCUUCUUUCUUACCUGGAUGUAUUAGUAUUGGAAAAGAUUGUUUUGAUUUCACGAUUCCAUCCACAUUAAUGAAAGAAACUCAGGAAACAUGUGAUAAGAUAUUUGCUUGUACAACUGAAUCUAUUGAUAACUUUACAACUAAUUAAUAUUACAACAGUUCAACAGCCCCCGAAAAUGAUUAUUGUAGCAUCAAAAUCUGCAAAUUACCAGAAAAAGAAAAUGAUGGUACAUUUGGUUUUUUUUAGAGGGAUGUGCCUAUAAUGGAAAUUGGGGAUCUUUUGAUCCAAAAGCUAAUGAAAUAACUUGUGCAAGUUGUACAGGUUUUGCUGUAUUUUGUUAAUCUGCUAUUGUUAGUAGUAAUAUUAUCAAAUUGUGUUUUGGAACAAUUACAUCAGCUACAUGCACAAUUAGAGCUUGUACAGAUAAUAUGGCUGCAACAAAAGAUGAAGAUUCUGAGUCUUUCAUGCCAUAUUGUUUAGCUAAAUUUGAUGGAGGUUGUACUAAUAAAUAUUCAAGAAUCCUAUUCUUAAUAAAAUGGAACAGUUUUUUAUUUUCCUAAUUUCAAUGGUAGUUUAUUAGUCUCUUCUGUUUGGACCAAAGUUUCAUGUAUAAAAUAUGAUGCUUGCUAAGAUAGAUUAUGCUCUGAUAAUAAUCCACUUGCAAUUUUUAAAUAGUAACAGAUUGAGCAUGUCUAACUUUAUCAACAGCUAGUAGUGAUAAAAAAUUGA